AUGGACGUAUUUCAAUCACUCCAAGAAGCCUGCGCACACCCAGACUCACUAUUCGCCUGCUCAGAAGAAGACCUCAUCAAUCUGCUGUACAAAGAGUUCCCAGAAGACAUCGAUCGUCUUAAGCGCGCGUAUUCAAUCCGAGACGGACCCUGGACCCCACCUAACACCCCAUCGCCAUCCUACAUUCUAUACAAAGAUAACUACGAUGAAGUCAACCGAACACUAGUCGGAUUUCUAGCCCUUCGAUGGAUCCAUACAGACCAAUAUGAGUCCUUCAUCGGCGCGCAGUCUCCAGCACAAUUAACGAGGGAAUCCUUCGAUUGGAUCCGGCAGUUCUACAGACAAGCCAUCACAGAUGCAAACACGCUUUACACCCUGAUCUAUUCAAUCAUCAUCAACGACCUAGGCAAAGAUCCACAGCUAGCUACAGAUUACCACGCACAAACAGGACAUGAUAUUUCCAUACUCAACCACGACGCCAUCCUCCUACAAGCCUGCAAACAAGGCCUAGUCCCGUCAUUGGAUAGACUCCGAGCCGAAGACAGACAAGAUGUCCUCCAGGCAAUAACUCUAGGCGCCACAUUCAACUUUGGCCAACUAGCCCAAGCAGAAAAUGCCCCAGUCUGCCUGACAGCCCUGCACGGAAUGAAAUAUUUCAAACGCAGUAUGCAGAUCCGCUUUAUGGAGCAGAUACUCGAUAUAGCAGGUGCAGCUGGACAUAUGGACUGGACGUGCGCGAAGAAACUCAUUCAAUCGAUUUUCGAGGGAUAUCGCCAUGUCUAUGAAAUAUACGAGGGUGUCAUGUCGGACAGGUUGACUCUGCGGAGCGGGUAUGAUCUGAUAUUGAUUCGAAAAGCAGAAUAUCUGGGUCAGUUUUCCGACAAAGAACUUAGAAGGUUUGAUAUUGAGUCUGAUCCCAGGGAUCGGGCAUUGGUGCGAUUAUUCUGCAUGGGCAAUGUCACUAUGCGUGAUAAGGCGCUUUUGUAUCAGGCUGCGUGGGAUGCGUUGGACGAGGAAACUCGGGGAAUGUUGGAGAGGGCGCUUAAUGUUGAUGGAGCUAGGGGUGAGCCUGCUGUUCAGCCGACGUAUAUGCCUGCUUUGUUUGGGCGUGUGCUUGGUCAAAAUGCAUUAGUGGCUGCGUUUCGAUUUCUGUGUCGGGUUAUGAGUGCGACAGAUAUCGGGGACCCUGAGGCUGUGGUUAUUGAGCGGAGUGUGUAUAAGGUGCUGAAAGAGGUUGUUGAGAGCGACGAGUUUCAAAAGGAUCCGACUAUCUUGGAGAGGGUUGAUGUGCCUGAGGGUGUCGCUGCACUCUAA